CCAAAAAAAAAAAAAAAAAAAAAAUGGAGCCCGCUACUUGCAUGAUUGCCACGUGUCACCUUAGUAUCUGCUAUAAAACAAGCCAAUAUUUUCUUUUUAAAUAAUCCUUGCUGUCUGAAGGCACCAGCAGAAUUUUUUCUAAUUGGCAGAGCUGCUGCUCCACAGAGAGUUAGGUUAACUGGGACUCCAAUUUCAAAAAAAAAUAUCAUCAUUUCAGGCCAAAAAAAGGAGGUUGGUGUUUUCAAGAUUGUUUUCUUGUGGUUUUUGAGGAAUCAUUUUAUAGGUUUCUUGUGGCGAUUUGUCUGGAGAGCUGUAAACUGGAGCCCAUGCAAUUUCAAGAGUAAAAUCUUCUAGAUGAAUUGCUUGCUGAAAACCAUGUGGGCAUUCUGAAGUGUCUUUUCUCAUUAAUCAUCAUCUUCAUAUAUGGAAUCUAGUGAAAGGAAUCUUGAAAAGGUUUUCCCCAAUGGUGAUGUCUAUGUGGGUAUUUUCAAAGGACUACUUCCUCAUGGAAAAGGGAAAUAUACUUGGUCUGAUGGAACGGUUUAUGAUGGUCUUUGGGAAGAAGGGAAAAUGACUGGGAAAGGUCGGAUUUCCUGGCCAUCAGGGAACACAUAUGAGGGUGAUUUUUCUGGAAAUUACCUCCACGGUUUUGGAACAUUUACCGGUUCUGAUGGAUCUGUAUACAGGGGCAGCUGGAGGGUAAACUUACAGCAUGGAAUUGGGCGAAAGAAAUAUCGUAAUGCAGAUGUCUAUGAUGGAAGUUGGAAAGAGGGCAUAAGGGAAGGCAGUGGAAGGUAUGCAUGGUGUAAUGGGAACAUGUAUAUUGGAAGUUGGAAAAAUGGAAAAAUGAGUGGUAGAGGGGUUAUGAAGUGGAAUAAUGGAGAUCUUUUCGAUGGACGUUGGUUGAAUGGAUUAAGGCAUGGUACAGGAUGCUAUCGGUUCUCAGAUGGAAGUUACUAUUUUGGGACAUGGACCAAAGGUUUGAAAGAUGGGCUCGGGACAUUUUAUCCUGCCAAAAAUAAACAAUUACCCUCAAAAAAGCCUGCUGCUGAAAGAAAUGCUGACAAAAAGAAAAGGCAACUGGUACAUAGUUCAUCAGUAACCUCCGAUAGGUCUUCGAGACGUAGUGUCAGGCGUAGUCUUUCAGAGAAAAUGUCUAACGGUCUUUCCCGAACUUCAAGCCAGAUAUCAUCACGCAGGACAGCAUCACUAGGCGAAGAUAGUGUUCUUGAUGACAUUAGUGUGGAUGUUUCACGUGAGUCUUUAUCACUGAUAUCUCUUCAUGCUGAUGAUGAUCAAUCGGAGUUCCUGGGAAAUGGAACUCUUGCUUAUGAAAGGGAAUAUAUGCAAGGAGUCCUAAUCAAGGAAAGGAUUAGAAGUGUUAGAGGAAAGUCUAUAAAAUUGAAAAAGAGGUGUAAGUUUCAUGCUGAAGAAGUGAAAAUGAAGUCAUGUGUCAAUGUAUUUGAGCACCAUAAAAGUUACUAUUUAAUGCUUAACUUGCAACUUGGUAUCAGGUAUACAGUGGGUAAAAUCACCCCUGUGCCUGCACGUGAAGUAAGGUCAUCCGAUUUUGGUGAACGAGCAAGAAUCAGAAUGUACUUUCCUAAGAAAGGCUCACAGUUUACUCCUCCACAUCAUUCCGUUGACUUCUAUUGGAAGGACUACUGCCCUAUGGUGUUCAGAAACUUGAGAGAAAUGUUCAAGCUAAGUGCUGCAGACUAUAUGAUGUCCAUUUGUGGAGAUGAUGGUCUUAGAGAGAUUUCUUCUCCGGGAAAGAGUGGCAGUAUUUUCUAUCUCUCAGGCGAUGAUAGAUUUGUAAUCAAGACUUUGAACAAAUCAGAGCUGAAGGUUUUUCUGAGAAUGUUACCUCGUUACUAUGAUCACGUGAAGGAGCACGAGAACACUCUGAUAACAAAAUUCUUUGGUUUGCACAGAAUAAUAUUGAGACAUGGGAAAAAGGUGCGCUUUGUGGUCAUGGGAAAUAUGUUCUGCACGGAGUUGCGGAUUCAUCGUCGCUAUGAUCUAAAAGGCUCAACUCUGGGGAGAUUUACAAAGAAAGACAAAAUUGAUGAGGGCACUACCUUAAAAGAUCUUGAUUUAAAUUAUGAGUUUCAUAUGGACAAGUUAUUGCGGGAAGCACUAUUCGAGCAACUUUCAUUGGACUGCAAGUUUUUAGAGUCUCAGCAUAUAAUUGAUUACAGCCUUCUGCUGGGAUUGCAUUUCAGAGCUCCUGAAAAUCUCACGCCCCUUUUGGAACCUCCCGAUGCAUUACGCACACCUGAGAACACACAAAAUGUUACUGAUGGAGGCUGGAAAUUUGACAUCUUGUUUGCUGAAGGUUUGAAGUCUGCUGGGGAGCUCCUAAUUCCUCCGAGGGGUUUGCUUUUGGUGACUCAUGAGCCAAGUUUUGUCAGUACUGAACCAGGUCCUCAUAUACGAGGUAGUACCUUGAGAGCAAUGUCUGUUGGUGACAAAGAAGUUGAUCUUCUUCUGCCUGGUACCGCAAGGUAACUUGCUUGUUUAGUUUUCAACUUGCACAUCUUCAGUUAUCAUUUUUUACUGGUAAUAACUCGAGUAAGUGUCUUGGACUUUUAAGGAUGCUUAAUGAAUGUGCUUUUAGUGUAGCCUGGACCAAGUAAAUGUGUUCUAAGUCAUUGUUUUGCAAUCCUAGUCUCCUAUUGACAGAAACUUGUCUCCUGUCUUAUUUGAUGCAAAUAUAAUAGUCAUAUAUAGAUAUGAUCCAUAAUUGCUGUGGAGUAUUUGGCUUCAUCUUGUAAUAUUCAAAUUAGCUUUCUAAGGCUCGCAGAUUAGUACUGCAUCUGGCCAAGAAUUAGUAUCAGAAUUUCUCAACUUCCCUAUGUGGUUAUCCAAGUAUUUUCCGCUGUCCAAGUCUAGUCUGUAUUGCAGGCACGUCCAUACAUUUAAUAUUGCUGAACUUCACUCUAUGUUUGGCAUUAUUGUAAAUCAUGAGAACUUUCGGUGUCCAUCACUUGCCACUCUCUUUUCCAGCACCGAGCUGUUUUAUGCAUUAUUAUAGAAUAUGGGUAUGAACUUUUUUUGGGUAUGUAUUUAGGUUGAGGGUGCAACUUGGUGUGAACAUGCCUGCUCAGGCAAAUCGCAAACUCCGGCAGGAUGAGUCUGACCCAGCAGAAGUUGAACUAUUUGAGGUUUACGAUGUUGUCCUAUAUCUCGGCAUUAUUGACAUACUGCAGGAAUAUAAUGUGAGGAAGAAAUUGGAGCACACAUACAAAUCCAUGCAGUCCGAUCCGAUGUCCAUUUCAGUCAUAGAACCCAAGAUAUAUGCGAAACGGUUUUACAGCUUCCUGGAGAAGGUAUUCCCAAGUGUACAGUGAGGAGGAUCAUGGCAACUUUCUGCCCGUAUCCUCUUGGAAAAGCCCCCCUUUUUUCCUUUAAAGUUUAAACCACAUAGCACUACUUGUACACUAAUCGGUUGCUUGAGUUCAACCACUUUCAUGAUUUCAUCUGAUUUACUUGUACAGUACAGUUAUGAUUUAGGAGUUCUUUUUAGUUUUUUUUCCACUUACCACUAUCGAAUUGUAUUAGAAUUUAGAAUCUAUACCCUUUUUGGAGAUUGAAAUUAAGCACCACAGUUAAUUUGAGUUGAUGUUUCACAUUGAAUGAAAGACCUUGAGGCCUAUUAGUUUAAAUACUUUCUGUCCAGAAUAAAAAUCUCGUUGUGUAAUAAAAUAGCGCGACAAACAUGAUUUUUAU